GCCCCGUUGGUUCUGAGGAUGUGACGAACCGAAGGAUUUCGAAGUGGUGCAGAGGCUGCGCAGCGCCCGUCCCGUCGAACUUUAGGUCCGCGGCUCGCUGCUCAGGUGUGCGGUCCGCCACCUUCGCGAAACUUUCGGGGUGUGCCAGGGAAGAUGAAAACCAAGGGAGUGACCAGGGAACCCUCUGCUGCCUCCACCUCUUCCACCCAGGAUGGGUCAGUCCUCCUAGUACCUUCUCACCCAUCCGAUCGGGAUCCUUUUGCUGGAAGGGAGAGGGUCGAGGCGAUCGAUCUGACCCUGGACGGGCUUCUGUAUGCCAGAAGCAGCGAAGACGAGGAAGAGGAGGAGGAGGAGGAAGAGGAGGAGGAGAAAGAAGACCAGGAAGAGGAAGAAAACGCGUGUCUCAAGGAGCACGGACAGCUACCUGCCUCCUCCUUGGUCCAGGACAGUUCCGGGUUGCCGUCGGGCAAAGACGCCCUGGACCGGGUCCUGGAUACCUUUCUGACCUCGGACUCCAGUCACUCGGACAGCCCCUCGGCGGCGUGGUCGUCUUUCUUCGGCUCGGAGAUCCCCGAGUUGACCGCUGGGCUCCCCAGCAGGCGCUCCCUCGACGGCAAAGAAGAGGGCGCGCCCGCAGACGCCGCUUCCCUGCCGCCUCCGCCUCUUUCUCCCACGGCCACCGCCUCUCCUUCCCUUUGGAAGGCGGCUAAGGAUGCGGAGGGAGCUCCUUUUAAGAGCCCGAGGGGCAGGCUGCCAGCCCCCACAGCCUCGACGCUGCCGAAGGGAGCGCAGCAGCCUCCGAGCUCGGCCGAGGGAGAGCUGGUCCCUGGGGCUAGCCGCGCGGUAGCGGCCGCCUCCUCCUCCUCUUCCCCCUCUUGCAAGCUCCCGCCGACUUCAACCGCGGGACGCUCCCCCCUGGCCGCCCCCUCCAGCUGCUCCGACUUCUUCAACGUGCCCAUCCUGCCUCUCAACCCGGCCUACUUAGCCGCCCGGACGCGGCAGCUGCUGGACGUGGAGGAGUCCCAGGACUGGAGCCCCUUCUGCGGGCACCCAAGCGCCGCUUCCUCGCCCGCCCCCGGCACCCUCCAGGAUUUCGCUAACUUCGUCUACCCGCCCCGAGACGGGCACCCGCCGCAGGCCCCGCCGCCGCCGCCGCCGCCGCUUUACUUCCUGGGCUCCGGCGGGGACUUUCAGCCCAGCUUCAAGAUCAAAGAGGAGAGCCUGGCGGCGGCCGUGGCCAAAAACAGGAGCGACGGCGGGGCGCACUUGGGCACCUUGCCGGCCGCCACGGCGCCCUGCCCGGACUACGCUCCGCCGAUCGGCGCCGCUUCGCUGCCGAAGAGUAGCACGAGCGGCCAGGAAGCCGCCGCUGCGCCCCCCUCGUCGACCCUGGAGUGCGUUCUCUACAAGGCGGAGGUGGCGGCGGCGACUGGCGGCGCCCUCCCGGGCUCUUACGGACUAGCGCCUUACAAAGCCUCCGCCAGCUCCAUAGCGCAGAGGGAGGCUCUGUCUUUGCCCUCUACCUCGGGCGCCCCGCCUCAAGCCCUGUACCAGCCGCUCGCCUUUCAGGGCCAGCAGCCGUUCUAUUCGCCUUACUUGGGCUACCUAAGGUCUGAUGCUGAAGCAGGUCAGAGCCCUCAGUAUGGGUUUGAACCUUUGCCCCAGAAGAUCUGCCUUAUCUGUGGUGAUGAAGCUUCUGGGUGCCACUAUGGUGUCCUCACUUGUGGAAGCUGCAAAGUCUUCUUCAAAAGAGCAAUGGAAGGUCAACAUAAUUAUCUAUGUGCAGGGAGGAAUGACUGCAUAGUGGAUAAGAUUCGUCGGAAAAACUGCCCUGCGUGUCGCUUGAGAAAGUGCUGUCAAGCUGGCAUGAUACUUGGAGGUCGAAAGUUUAAGAAGUUUAAUAAGGUCAAAAUGCUAAGAGCUUUAGAUGUUGUCGCACUCCAACAGCCAGCAGCCCUUCCAAAUGAAAGCCAAACAUUGGUACAGAGGCUUUCAUUUUCACCAAGUCAAGACAUUCAAUUUAUCCCUCCACUGAUCACUGUCUUACAAAGCAUUGAACCAGAGGUUGUCUACGCAGGUUAUGAUAACACAAAACCAGAAACUCCAAGUGCUUUGUUGACCAGCCUCAACUACCUAUGUGAGAGGCAGCUCCUCUGUGUAGUCAAGUGGUCCAAGUCAUUACCAGGAUUCCGGAACUUGCAUAUUGAUGACCAGAUAACUCUUAUCCAAUAUUCAUGGAUGAGUCUAAUGGCCUUUGGGCUGGGAUGGAGAUCAUAUAAACAUGUCAGUGGUCAAAUGCUGUACUUUGCUCCUGAUCUAAUAUUAAAUGAAGAGAGGAUGAAAGAAUCAUCGUUCUAUUCCGUGUGCCUGACCAUGUGGCAAAUUCCACAAGAGUUUGUCAAGCUACAAGUAAGCAGUGAAGAGUUCCUUUGCAUGAAAGCCUUGGUCCUCCUGAAUACAAUUCCUUUGGAAGGACUCAGAAGCCAAAACCAGUUUGAUGAUAUGAGAUCCAGUUACAUCAGAGAGCUGGUCAAAGCAAUUGGACUGCGACAGAAAGGGGUUGUAGCCAGUUCUCAACGUUUCUACCAGCUCACAAAGCUUAUGGACGCCAUGCAUGAUCUUGUGAAGCAACUUCACUUAUACUGUCUCAACACAUUUCUUCAGUCCCGGACGCUGAGUGUUGAAUUCCCAGAGAUGAUGUCAGAAGUGAUAGCUGCCCAGCUUCCAAAGAUAUUGGCAGGAAUGGUGAAACCGCUUCUCUUUCACAAAAAGUGACUUGCUUCUCCAUCUGUCUGUCCACAAUCCCACCCCACCCCACCCCUAUGUCUGCUUUCUCUCUCUCUCUCUUUCCUCAUUUGUAGAGAUAACAUACAGAAAUUGUGUAUUUUUAAAAAUUGUUGGAGAUUUUUUGGGAUGGAUGAGAUUUAGCAGUGUUGAGAUAUCCCCAAUUCUGUGUCAUUUUGUAUGCCUACAUUUUAUGGAUGAGACCUGGAUUUGGUCAUACUUAGAGUGACACACUGAAUCAGAGAGAGGUCAAACAUGGAUCGGUAAUUUACACUGAUUUCAUGGACCUCUUUGGUGUCUGGCCAAAUCUAGAGCCAGUUCACUUUGCUGCAAACCUUUACUUGCUGAGCCUGUUUCACACAUCAUGAACUUUUUUUUAUUCCUUUGCAAGUAUUUUUUGCCCAAGAAAUGACCAAUACUUGUCAUAAGAAGUGUUUUAUAAUAGGCCUGAUUAAAUUUCUGCUCAGAUAUCCAUUUAAGAUAAGUUUUUUUUAAGAACAGGAAAUCACCUUGUACAUUUUCCCUUCAUAUUAUUCAUUUUUAAAUUGCUAUAAUGGAGUAAAACUUCAGCUUUUAUUACG